AGCGACAUCUGGUGUCGUGUACUGUCUUUUGCAUGUGACUUCGUUUCGCGGAGUGACUGGUGUCGGUUGUACUCACGCGCUCCCGCCCGCUUCAUAUCGUUUGAUGGAUAUUCGUAAUUGGUAGAUGUCGAAUAGUUCCGUCAAGAUGAAUGGUGAAAUUACGAAUUCGCCGAGACGCAAGUCUCGGACUGAAAUGGCAGCAAAAGUGACGGUUGUCCUAGGUGCUCAAUGGGGCGACGAAGGCAAGGGGAAGGUCGUUGAUAUGCUUGCAACCGACGUUGAUGUUGUGUGUCGGUGUCAGGGAGGAAACAAUGCAGGCCACACUGUUGUGGUGGGAGACAGGGAAUACGACUUCCACCUCUUGCCCAGCGGUAUCAUCAACCCCAAGUGCAAGUCUGUGAUAGGUAAUGGUGUUGUGAUUCACCUCCCCGGACUCUUUGAAGAAAUUGAAAAAAAUGAAGCCAAAGGUCUCAUUCACUGGAAAGACCGUCUACUCAUAUCGGACCGCGCUCAUAUUGUCUUUGAUUUCCAUCAACAAGUUGAUGGGCUUCAGGAGCAGGAAAAGGGCAAAAAGUCGCUUGGCACCACCAAGAAAGGUAUUGGUCCAGCAUACUCAUCAAAGGCCACUCGAAAUGGUAUUAGAAUAGCAGAUUUGUUGGGUGAUUUCAGUCUGUUUUCUGAAAAGUUCCAAACCUUGGUAGCACACUACCAACGGAUGUUCCCAGAUUUAAUUGUGGAUGUCCCUGCAGAGCUCGAACGGUAUAAAGUUCUCGCCGAACGUGUUAGACCUUUGACUUGUGAAACUGUAUCAUUUCUUCAUGAUGCCUUACGUCAACACAAAAAAAUCCUUGUAGAAGGUGCCAAUGCUGCAAUGUUGGAUAUUGAUUUUGGAACUUACCCAUAUGUCACAUCAUCAAACUGCAGUAUAGGUGGUGUUUGCACGGGUUUGGGAAUACCGCCAGUCAGUAUUGGAACUGUUGUCGGUGUUGUGAAAGCUUACACAACACGUGUUGGUGAUGGCCCGUUCAUGACAGAGCUAACUGAUGAUAUUGGAGCUUUGCUCCAAAGCAGAGGUCAUGAAAUUGGAGUGACAACUAAGAGGCCAAGACGUUGUGGGUGGUUGGACAUACCACUCUUAAAACACACCACUCUUGUGAAUGGCUACACUCAGUUGUGUGUGACCAAACUCGAUAUCCUUGAUGUACUACCUGAGCUGAAGGUUGCAGUGGCCUACAAGAAAAAUGGAAAAGUCCUUGAUUAUUUCCCCUCAAGCACAGCUGAACUUGCCACCGUUGAGGUUGAAUAUGUGACACUACCUGGAUGGAUGACCAGCAUUGAAGAUGUCAGAGAUUUUGAACAACUUCCCGAGAAUGCUAAGAACUAUGUUCGGAAAUUGGAAGAGCUUGUGGAAGUACCCAUUCGUUGGAUUGGAGUUGGAAAGGGAAGGGAGUCCAUCAUUAAUGUUUUUUAAAGUUUUUAAUCUUGCAGUAAAGGGCUACUCACCUGCUGCCUAGUCCUUCAUCUAGAAUUUGGAAACCUGUAAUAUGUGUGGUCAGUCUGUUGUUUUGAGACUGUAAAUUAAAAUGCUAGAGCUGGAAAGAAGAGGAUUUUUUGAGCUUUUAUGCCUGUGUGAACUAAUCAGAUUCAUUAGAAUAUGAUCCAUCUAUCCAUGUGACAUGUGGUAGCUAUGGGUUAAACUAAUUAUUCUCUGGAUUGGUUUGUAUCCUCAUCUGUUCGGUGUAAUAAAUUGUAGUUCCUCUAGUAAAGGUGUAAUUUAACUGGUAUUAAACUGACGUUACUAGUAUCCAUCCUCGCUUCAAACAUGACUUGUGCCAGAUGCAGUAAACUAUUAAGUUAAAGUGUUUUCUGUUAUUUUCAUGGUUCAGUAUGAAUUUUCUGAGAGAAUGCAUAUUUGCAAUUUUUAUACAGCCUGUAUCGAUCGACCCAAUUUGUUGAAAAAUACCUCCAUAAUUUGUAUGAAAUGUGUAACUGCUGUGGCCUAUAUUCUCUUCACCACAUCUCAGUUUGAAUUGGAUUUUUUAAGAAUACUAUUUUAUAUUAUGUUCUUAAAUAAUGAAAUUAACACUAAUUUGGUGCAUUGUGAAGUGCAUCAAACAGUGCUACUCUUGUGUAUUAUGAUGCUACUGUAUCAGUACUUCCAUGGUGCCUUACUCUUGUUUCCAUUGUUUUUGCCAUGAUAACCUAAUAUUUUUAUCAUUUGAAAAAAAAGUAUUUUUUUAAUAAAUGUAUUCUCUGCAUUUGAAAUCCUGUAACUUUAAAUAUACUUCAAAAUAUUUGUUGAGUCCAAAAAUCUGAAAUAAGUACAUUUCUGUGAUACACAAGAAACAGAACUCUUCCAUGGGCCUUAAAUUUUACUUUUUGAGUUUUGACUGGUAAUUUUAUGCUUUGUGGAUCUGAUAGUUUGCUCAAGUUUUAAACUUGUGUCAUGGAAAGCUUUUGCAUUUCUGGUUAUCUACUUAAUCUAAUUGUGUACAAACACCAACUAAUGAUGGUUAUACUAGUUGAUAUGUUGUCUGGUAUUGUUAUGGACUGCUGUAUGUCAAGGCAUAUACUUGGUGGGUGUUUCUCUUGAAGUAUUGCAUCUCUGGUGGUUUGUCAGUGUGUACGGAGACAAUGUAAUCGGUCUAUAUUUUUAGCCUUGGUUUUUUCAUUGUGAAGCCCAUGCAGGCCAUAGGGUGCUAACUUUUCACGACCAAUAGGUGGGAUUUGAAUAAGAAUGUGUACACAUCUUUGUGAACUCACUGCAUGGUGAUGUGUGAGACCUGUUUCACCAUGAUUUAUUCACUCAAUUGUUAUUGCUUUGUUCAUGUUGUUUAGUGGUACAUUUCUUUUAUUUUGUCACUAUCAAUUUUGUUUUUAAUGUGCAUAGGGUGGGAAUUUCUUUUGUGGCACAUGCAACUGUGGUCCCUUUUUUUUCUAAGGGUUGUCAAAAAUGUAUUUGGGAUCUGCACAAAUAAACAGUUCUCAGCCAGCUGCUGGCAGCACCAA